UCCCGGCGCUGCGCACGAACAUGGGCGUCGAAGAGGAGCGUAUCUGAGGAGAAGAACAGCGCCGCGCGCAGACUCAUACACACACUCGCUCUCGCUCUCUUUUUUAUUUUAUCCAUUUAAUAUUUCUCUUUGUUUGCGUUUGCGGUCAUCGCUGAUUUUUAUGUGUGCGCGCGGCGUGCGAUGCGGAGGGAGCGCCUGGUGCCGGCGGGGGGGCCCCGCUCGUGUCCGUAGAUGAGCUGCUGCGCGAGACUGCAGCGUGCACGGCCACGGGGGGUCACCUGCCGGAGUCCCGAGCGGGAGCGCGAGGCACAGAGAGAGAGAGCGAGACGGAACCGCGGACAGGUGACAAGUCAAGUGUCGUGACAGACACAGACAGUCGUGUUUAUAGCCCGAGUUUAUCCGCUAAAGCGAAAGCUCCAGUGCGAUGCGCGUGCACGGGCCCGCGAGCGCGCAGUCUUUACACAACGACGCCCUUCAUACAGUGGCACUUCCGCAAACGCGGGCGAGAUAAGAGGCGAGGAGAGCUGUCCGCGCGCCCGACCGAGAGCACCGCGAGAGGCCAGCCCGCGGGUGACGUCAUCACUCGGACCCAACCCAUGAGGCUGCAGUUUGCAUAGGAUGUGUGACAAGUGCACUGGGUUCACGUUGAGUCUUGAAGCAGGCAGCAUCAGAUUGCCAUGGAAACCCCAGAGAUGGGUUAUUGGACCUCUCUGUGAGAUGGCGAGCGACGACCGCGUGGCGAUCCUGACGGACGACGAGGAGGACCAGAAGAGGAAGUACGUUCUGGCCGAGCCCUUCAACACGCUGUCCUUGGAGCAGGUGGCGGACCCUGCUUCUUCGGGAGCUCCGUCGGAGGCGUCCGCCGCCCCGUCCCACGAGCCCGACACGGACUGUCUGGAGCAGAGCUGCGUUCGCAUCGAGAACCACCUCCUCAUCUCCAAGGUCUUCUACUUCUUCUUCUACGCAGCCUACGGCUCCCUGCACCCCCUCUUGCCGGUCUACUACAAACAGCUGGGGAUGUCGCCGAGCCAGAGCGGCCUGCUGGUGGGCAUCCGCUACUUCAUCGAGUUCUGCAGCGCCCCCUUCUGGGGCGUGGUGGCAGACCGCUUUCGGAAGGGCAAGGCGGUGCUGCUGUUCUCGGUGCUGUGCUGGCUCGUGUUCAACCUCGGCAUCGGCUUCGUGAAGCCCGCCGGCAUGACCUGCGUCGAAAAGAACCCGAUCGCCAACAGCUCCGUCGCGAAUCACUCCAGGAACCGCCGGAGCGUCGCCGGGGACGACCUUGCCCUUCCCCCGCUCGUGCUUGACUUGCUGUCCGUCUACAGUUCACCGCACAGAUAUGUCAGGAGCGCCGGUGGAAACGACACCGUGGGCCCAGCUUACCUGGAGAACGUGACCAAGGAUGUGUCCGCUGUACCUUCCACCGUCACUACAACCACAACCUCAACCACAACCUCAACCGCAGAGACUGGCAGUAGCGCCACCACCAUGAGCACCAGCACCUUCCCUUCCACCUCCCGUUCAGCCUCCAACUCAUCAUCUACCAUCCAGUCGGUCUCCAGCUUGUCUUCUACCAACCAGACUGGUUCAAACUUCUCCUCCAGCAACCAUUCAACCACUACCGCCUCUGCCAUCAUCAAAACGACCACAAAAGCCACCAGCACUAAACCCAAGGAGUACAACAUCAUCUAUAACAAAGACCAGGUUGAGACCAUCUUCCUGCUGAUCCUGCUGGUCAUUAUCAUUGGCGAGUUCUUCAGCGCCCCAGCGGUGACCAUCGUGGACACGGUGACCCUUCAGUACCUGGGCCGGCACCGCGACCGCUAUGGCCUGCAGAGGAUGUGGGGCUCGCUGGGCUGGGGCCUGGCCAUGCUCUCCGUGGGCAUCUGGAUCGACCACACGCACAUCGCGCUCUUCAUCCAGGGCACUGGCUGCGUCCAGCCAACGUACAAAAACUACCAGAUCGCCUUCAUCGUGUUCGGGGUGCUGAUGGGCGUGGCGCUGCUGGUGGCCACGCAGUUCUACUUCGACGACAGCGGCGAGGGCCGAGUCGAGGACGAGGAGGACGGGGACGAGAAGACGCACGAGGUGGAGAUGCCCCAGGUGGCCCGGAACGCCCCGUCCCCGGAGGUGAGCCCGGAGGUGAGCCCGGAGGAGGCGGCCGCGGCCCCCGGCGGAGCCCAGCGCCCGUUCCGCUACACGGACCUCAUCCGGCUGCUGUGCAGCGUGCGCUACGGCACCGUGCUCUUCGUCGCCUGGUUCAUGGGCUUCGGCUACGGCUUCGUAUUCACCUUCCUCUACUGGCACCUGGAGGACCUGAAGGGGACCACUACGCUCUUCGGCGUCUGCUCCGUCCUCAGCCACGUGUCGGAGCUCACCGCGUACUUCGCCAGCCACAAGUUUAUCGAACUGGUGGGCCACGUCAGGGUUCUCUACAUCGGCCUGGCCUGCAACACGGCGAGAUACCUCUACAUCUCCUACUUGGAGAACGCUUGGAUAGUUCUCCCCAUGGAGGUGCUCCAAGGUGUCACUCACGCCUCCGUCUGGGCAGCCUGCAUCUCGUACCUGAGCGCCGCCGUGCCGCCCGCCCUCCGCACCUCCGCCCAAGGGAUCCUGCAGGGGCUGCACCUGGGCUUGGGGCGGGGCUGCGGGGCCAUGGUGGGCGGAGUCUUCGUCAACUACUUCGGAGCGGCGGCGACGUUCAGAGGACUCGGAAUGGCCUCGCUUGUCAUCCUCCUCAUAUUCUCCUUCAUCCAGUGUCUCACGGGACAAAACGAGGACAAAGAGGACAUGAUGCUGGCAGAGAACAUUCCGGUUCCAUCCAGCCCGGUCCCCAUAGCAACCAUCGAUUUAGUAGAGCACCACCCAGACUCCCUGAUGCCCCGACCGGACCCGCGGCCCCCCAUCAAGAAGACGAGGCACCAGGAGGAGCAGGAGGACCUCAACAAGCCCGCCUGGGUCAUCUCCGCCUCGCCCUGGGUCACCAUCGCCUUCGCCGUCUGCCAGAUCCGAGAGGUGCUGGUCCUGUCCAAGAACAACGCCACCGAAUUCCAGCCGCUGCAGGAGACAAGUAAUGCCACUCCAGUUGACUCUGCUGGUGAGGGUGCAUCACGAGCUCACCCAGGCGAACCCUCCGGCAUGUCUGAGCAGGCAAAGGCCCCCCCGGGACCCCCAGACCAAUUGGACACCCCCCAGCCCUCCCACCCUACUGACCACAGCCAAACCGUAGCAGGCUCCGCCCACCUGCCAACAGACUCCGCCUCCUCAGAGUUUAACCCCUCUCAAGAAUGAUGAAGAGACCCCCGGUGGGGAGGGGUCUGGUUCACACAGCUGAUCCGACAGGUGAUCCAAAACCCCACUGAACUAUGCGCCGGGGGGGGGGGGGGGGGUUAAACUCGUUACAGCUGAACCAGGUAAGAACCGGAAAGUGGGUGCGGCGUGUGGGGUCGCCCUUCCUGGAUGGAUGAAUUUCGCGCCGUCUGGAUCCUCUAGGGGAUUGUGGGUAAACACCACGCGUUACCAUGUUCCUGUGGCCUCUUCGCGUGACCUUAAGCUCCUCCCACAACAGCGCUGCUCCUGCUCGUGUUUCCACUGCCGCUCACCUGCAGAAGUGCCUGACCUACGUGCGCUUACCGGCGGACACUUCCACCAUCGCAGCGCAUUUGAGUGUAUUAAUAAUGUUAAUAAUAUUAAUAGUAAUAAUAUUAAUAUUAACAGAGUCACUGCUCUGUAUCCUACUGUAACGACUGUCUUUGUUUCUGCUUUUCCUCUCUAUCUGUGUGUACUGGAGUCUGUGUGCCUUCGCUUCCUGUUUGCUUCGUCGUGGCCUUUUCGAUCUCCAGAAAGAGAAGAGCUCUUCACGCGGGUUACCGUGGUGUAAUACGAUGUUAUUCCGAUGCCGAAAGGGAAUUGAGAUUGUUUUAAUAAAACAAAGUACUUCAGCAAA